AUGCACGCCGUCAUGCUCGACGCGACGCCCUCGAACGCCGCCGCUCGCCCGCCUGCUGGCCGCGGGGACCCGUUUUGUUCCUUCAUGCGCGAGCCCUCGUCCGCGCCUGACCGCGCCCAGCAGCUGUUGUGGGCCGUCCUCCUGCUGCUCGGAGCGUGCAGCGUGCGGCUGUGCGAGUGGUGGCCGCCGCGCUUCGCUGGGCGGAGGAGCAAAGGGCGCCUCGUGCGGUGCCGGACGGCGUCGUGCCGCGGCGCGUGGCUUUUUCUCGUCGCGCAGCUCCCGCUCGCAUGUGCACUGUCACCGUCGCCUCCUUCGCCGCCACCGCCCCGCGGCAGUACCUGCGAGACUGCCAUGCCAUUCGAUGGGGCGGGUAACGCCGUCCUCUACACCGACAUUGGUAACGCCUUCUUCUACACUGACAUUGACUCAACUGCCCUCGGCCCGGGUCCAAGCGCGUAUAGUUUGGGGCAGUGCGGAGGCACGGGAUUCAAAGCGACCGGUAACGUCUACUGGCUGCGCCUCGUGCGCCCCUUUCCCAACGAGCUGUGCGCCCAUAGCUUCGUCUCCUGGAUUGGCUUGCAGAUCGACUUGCAUGAGUUUGAAACCGACCUGUCCAUCUUCACGGGCAGCUGCGACGCGCUCAAGCAGGUUGCAUGCGACGGCGGGAAGCUCAAGGAGGAGACGAGCGGAUGCGCCUCCUACUACUCUCGCAUCACAGGACUGCAGCUCACCGAAUACGAUCAGUACUGGGUGGUAGUUGGGGGUUGGCCGUCUGAGUGGCGUAUGGAUGAGGAUGAGAUCGCCGUCCGAUUUGCGGCCGGCGGCGUCGUCUACGCGGAGUUCAGCGGUGCGGUCUCGCUGAUCGGCUCGACCUUGAGGAACUGUUCUGCUGUCAUCUUAACCGGCGGCGUCGUCACGGCGCUUGAGAGCGGUGCGGUUUCGCUAAUCAAGUCGACCGUGACGGACUGCUCGGCUGGCACUUGCCGCCGCUUUGGUGGCAAUGACAGCGCCGGAGAGACGCGAUGCGCCGGCAGCGAGCCGGUGGCGAGAGAGGCCUCUCGCCGCCGGAGGUUGGAGGAGGCGGGCUCCGACUAUUGCGCCCCUGGCUUCGCCGGCCCCGAGUGCCAGCUCUGCGCCGCGGAGAAGCACUACCUCGUCGACGGCGACGAGUGCAAGGAGUGCGCUCCGCGCGGUGCGGCGGCUGCCCGCAUCGUCGGCCUCGUCCUCGGCCUCUGCGUCGCGUGCGGCCUCGCGGCGUAUUGCUACAGCAUGACAGAGUGGCGGGAGAAGCGCUGCAUCGGCCGUCUGCUCCGCCUCGCGGACCGUGCCGUCUACUGGUGCGUCGCGGUCGGCCUCACGGCCAAGACCAAGACACUGUUUGGCUUCUUCCAGGUUGUCACCGUCUUGUUCACCACCUACUCCACGCGUCUGCCUCCAGAGUACACGGGCUGGACCGACGCAGUAGCCGACGCCGUCUCCAUCGACUGGUCGGGCUUUUUCUUGCCACAGCAGUGCCUCGGCUACGGCUUGCGGUUGCUCGCCAUCGCCCUCUCGCCCGUCGCCCUCAUUGCGCUGCUGAUAAUCGCGGGAGUAUGUCUGCGGCUCCACCCCUGGCGCGCCGCCCCGGCUCCGCACGCGAGGCCGUGGUACGCGGAGGCGGCCCUCGGCCUCCUCGACCUCACGCCGGCCGGCCUCGUGCUCAUCUUCUGUUUUGCCUACACCACCUCUCCGCCGAACAAGCCCCUGGAGCAGGUCUCCUACAUGCGGCUGGACGCGAGCGUCGAGUGCGGCACCGAGGAUCACAAGUCCAUCACCGACCUCGCCAUCGGCUUCAUCGUCCUCUGGCCCGCCGGUUCGCUGGUCCUGUUCACGGCGCUCCUCGCCGCUUGCUACAAGCCGCUGCAGGCCAAGACGCCGACGGCGCUGACGCGAGCGACCGCCUUCCUUCACCGAGAGUACAAAACGACCUGGUACUGGUGGGAGGCGUUGGAGCUGGCCCGCAAGCUCGUGCUGACGGGCUUCGUGCUGCUGAUCCCGGAGGAAAAUGCCUUGCUUCGGCUCGUGGUGGCAACGCUCAUAUGCUCCUGCUACGUUGCUCUCGUCGCCGCCACCAAGCCGUACAAGCGCGUCGAGGAUUCUGUCCUCGCCGUCGCAAUGAGCCUCAUCCUCCUCCUCCUCUUCCUCGGCGCCAAUUGGACAACCAUUUUCCUCCGCAUCGUGGAGCGCUCCGGAACCGAUGACGCGGCCGCCGUAUUCGGCUUCAGCAAGCUUAAUCCGAUCGUCAGCACGAUGAUCAUCCUGGCCGGCUUUGCGCUCUUGAUCUCCCUCGCCGGCGCCGUCGUCGCCGCCCGCCGCACCGCCAAGGUCCCAACGAUCCGCCUUGUCUCCACCAAGCAGCCGCCCGAACUCACCCUCGCGCGGGGCCUCGCGUGGCACCUCUUCCUCUCGCACAUUUGGUCGACUGGUCAGGACACCGUCGGAGUCAUCAAGAGCGAGCUGCAGCUGCUGCUGCCAGGCAUCAAAGUCUUUCUCGACGCGCGCACGCAUAACUGCCUCCGAGAGAUCCGCGCGUCGCUCGAGCAGAGCAAGCCGCUCGUCCUCGUGCAAGAAGCGGACCCGGCCAAGGGCGGCGGGACGCUGCAGGCGCUGCGCGGCGAAUGCCCCGACGAACUGCAGUCGGACAUCUUUGACCAGGGCCGGACGCAGACGACGUGGUAUCGCAUCGAGGAGUUCCAGCGCGUCUCGCUCAAGACCAUCGCGGUGCUCCUCUGCUCGCCCGACUACGUGGGGCAGAACGCCCUCGGCCUCUACGUGCCGGGCGAGCCGCGCAUCCACUCGUUCGCCCUUGCGAGGCCCGUGACGCUCUGGGCCUCGCCGGCCAACGCGGGCGCACUGGAGCUGGCCAGCGAGCUCGCCGCCGCCUUUGCCGGCCUCACCGUCUCCACGGCCGAGGACCGCGGCUCUGUUACAGCUUCUCACCGCCGCUCCAGUAUCAUGCGCCGCUCGACGCCGCGCCGUGCCGGCGACGCGACGCACAUGCUGCUCUACCUCAACGAGGACACCUGGUCGGACGAGAGGCUGGCCGAGCAGGUCAGGCAGGCGCGCGAGGACAGGCUGCCGAUCGUGAUGGCGCACGAGAACGACCCCGACAAGGGCGGCGUGCCCUUCUCGCGCUUCUUUGAGACCACGCCGCAGGAGAGCGACUCUCUCAGAGGCGCGGCCAUCCCGCCGUGUCCCAUGCCCUCCACCUCUCCUUCCAAUGCACCGCAGGAGCUCAUCGCUAACGACCUCUACAAGGACCUGGCGAAAUCGUGCUACCCGGGGCGCCACCACGAGGCGCGCGGCGGCGGUGUCGCUCGUGCUCUUGGCUAA